CUUCACUGUGAGCUAGCUGUAUGCUUGAAUUUUGGAUACCACGGGAAAGUAUUAUCGGCAUCAAAGCCAAUGGCGAAACAGUGCCUUCCCUUUCUUUUGUUAUUACAGGUUUGCUUACAUCUUGCUGCCGCCCACUACAUUGUCAAAUUUCUUCCCGGGUUUCAGGGGCGGCUUCCCUUCCACCUUGAAACAGGAUAUGUUGGAGUGGAUGAAGCAGAGGAUGUGCAGCUCUUCUACUACUUCAUCAAGUCCCAGAGGAAUCCAAAAGAGGACCCUCUCUUGCUUUGGCUAACUGGUGGCCCUGGCUGCUCUUCCUUCACUGGUCUUGCUUUUGAAAUCGGUCCAAUAAAUUUUGAGGAAAAGGAAUACAAUGGGAGCUUACCUACAUGGGUUUUGAAUCCAUACUCAUGGACACAGGUUUCCAGCGUAAUAUUUUUAGAUUUGCCUGUUGGCACUGGAUUCUCUUAUGGAAGAACCCCACUUGCUCUUCUGAGAAGCGAUUCCAAACAAGUCUCGCAAGCUGAGCAAUUUCUUCGAAAGUGGCUAAUGGAUCAUCAAGAAUUCCUCUCAAAUCCAGUCUACAUUGCUGGUGACUCCUACUCUGGCAUUAUCGUUCCAGCUGUAGUUCAAAAGAUUUCUAAUGAUUAUCUUGAAGCAAGCUGUUCAAUGGUUGCAGGGAACAGUGAUGGUAUCAAACCGCAAAUAAAUCUCAAGGUUGGAUACAUACUUGGGAACCCUAUUACUGAUCCUACUUUUGAUUUUAACUCAAGGAUUCCAUUUGCUCAUGGAAUGGGACUUAUUUCUGAUGAACUCUAUGAGUCACUGAUGAAAAGUUGUGCAGAAGAAUAUCAAACGAUAAAACCGAGCAAUGCAGAGUGUUUGAAAAAUGUAGAGGCUUUUGAUAAGUGCAUUUCAGAUAUUGAAGAUUCACAUAUUUUGGAACGCAAGUGUCCUCGUGUUCCCCCACACCAGAUAAAUGUAUUGGGCAAAAGAAGAUGUCUCGAUGAGAACUCUCAAGAAUUCCUCCAUUUCGAAGCUGAUCUUCCAAAAAUCGGAUGCCGCACUUAUGUACAACUCCUUGGUACAUAUUGGGCCAACAACGAUAAUGUCCGCCAAGCACUCCAUGUGCGAGAGGGAAGUAUAGGGGAGUGGCAACGAUGCAAUUAUAAAUUACCUUAUACUGAAGAAAUUAAGAGCAGCAUCAAGUAUCAUACAGACCUUGGGAUAAAGGGUCACCACAGAUUGAUCUACAGUGGCGAUCAUGACAUGGUGAUACCAUUCUUGGGAACUCAAGCAUGGAUAAGAUCUUUAAACUACUCUAUUGUUGAUGACUGGCAUCCAUGGCACUUUCAAGGUCAAGUUGCAGGAUACACGAGGACUUACUCUAGUCAGUUGACGUUUGCGACUGUGAUGGCUGGUGGGCACACUGCUCCCGAACACAAGCCUGCAGAAUGUUUUGCCAUGUUUAAACGGUGGAUACUUCAAGAACCGUUGUAAAACUAGGCUGCUACUGGAAGCGCAGUCAUGGGAAAAGGUCACUGGCCAUUGCAUCGGG